AUUAGUUUGGGGCACUUGUCUUUUUUGGAGAUAAUGUAUAUUUUGUUCCUCUUUAAUAAAUUGCAAGGAUGACGGCAUGUCCGUAGGACGCAUGGUUCUGAUGGUUACGCCCAGGGGGUCCUUAAGACCAGUCAGGAAAGCUUUCAAGGUUUGAGAUGCAAAGAACUCUCGCUUGCAAGCUUUCUUGUUUUCGUCAAUUUCGUGUAAAUUCACAUAGUUUAUUAUAGUACUGAGUAAAUGCAUGCAACGAUUAUAAAAUUCCUGGGGUGUCUCGUUCUCUUGACGCAAAUUAAUUAAGUCCCUAUUAAGGCAGUUUUCAUCCCGUUGGUCAGCGAAUUUUUUUAAUAAAACCUGUUUUAUCUCAAUCCAUGAUGUGACACCAUUGAUAGUAACGACCUCUUCAGCUUUACCUUUCAAUUUAUUAAGGAUGCUAUGCAGCAAUAUUUGAUUAUUGAAAUUAUUGGGUUGCGCUACGUCAUAAUAUUGGGUCAAAACGGUUUCGCACGUAGUUAUAAACCUGUGCAACUGAUUUGGCCUUCCAUCGUAUUCUGGUAUAACAUUAAGAGCUACCUUUAAUUGGUUAAUAUUAUUAUUACCAUUACCUUAAGCCAUUAUAACAAUUACAAAAACGAACACAAAGAAAUGUUACAAUUCGCAAUAACUAGACAAAACUUGUACAAUCAAACGACUUGAUACACAGAAAUACAGAUUUUAUGGAUUUCUGUAAUGUACAAAAAUACACAGGAAAAUGGAAAGGACUCACAGUAUGGCGACGGCAAACAGCAAUUUCGGCUCCGGAGGUCCGGUGACUAGGCUUUUGAAGUAGAAAAGCUCUAGUUAUCCUUUAUAAGACUGCGCCACUUAUAGUUCUUGGAUUCUAAACGUGAAAUCUUCAGUGAAACUUGAUUUAAGGUUACAAGUUUUUUAAUAAUAUGAUUACAUAAUUGGUCCCGACAAUCGGAGCGAGAGCGAGCGAGAGCGAGCGAGAGCGACCGAAGUUAGGUUCGAACUGCCGUUAAGUUUUUCUUAAUGCUAGAUGCACUACACAUAUGUACCACACAAGUGUAUGACACGCGCACACACAUAACAAAUUCACUCACGGAAAUGAAUCUGUUGAUUACUUAGUAUGAUGUCAUGGGGUUGUUCGGUCACUAUAUAAGACGUUUAUAACUCUGGACCGAUAUCAGUCUUACAUCAGUCUUCAGAAAGCGAUCACGUCUUCCAGAAUUUCAACAGGUAAGUCACAAGUAUUUUCUAUCUUGACCCUUUGGGGCAUUUCACUCUUAAGUUAAUAAACCGCCGCCUACAUUUCGGGUACCCACUAGCUUCACAUUGACUCAGAAAAUGUAAAUUACUCAUAUUGGUUUGUUAUGACGUCAUGAUUUUUUGAAAAAAAAUGUGUUCUGCUUUUAGAGUUGCUAAGUCUUUAAUUAUACAAAAAAAAAAUUGUCUGUACACCGAGCGCCACCUAUCUACGGGCAUGUUUUUCGACCCACUGAAUACGAAUUUCAAGUCAGUUUAGGCCGUCCAGCAUUCAGUUUCGAGUAAAUUGCAUAAAUCCCAAAAAUAGCAAAAAUUCGAUGUUUUGGCAAGAAAAAAAAUUUUAGGAUCUAAGGCAAGCAUGAUAAUUAUGUACUUUGAUCUGUUAAAUACUAAUUUUGUUUGUACGCCAGUCAUAAGCUGUUUUAAAUCUAAAAAAAUGCAAAAAAUCCUUAAAAAUAGCAAAAAUCAUGAAAAAUUGGAAACCUACAAACCUUAUUCUAUUGGAACCCUUUUCUAUUUUUUUUUAUUGGAACCUUAUUCUGCAAUAAAUUUGGCCCAUAAUCCACUCAAACAUUCAUACAACUGCAAAAAACCGAUAAAAUAGCAGAUAAUUGCUGCUGGAAAAAUGGAAAAAAGUCUGUUAAGCACAAUUAAAUUAAUUUCUCGUAUUUUUUUACUUUCAAAAUACAAGAUUGAGAUCUAAGAAUGUACAAAAAUUGUAUUUUGAACGGUUUUCGAGGGUAGAAGAAGAGGUAUCUACGUGGUAGAUCAUUUGAGAAUGAAACAGUACAAUACCCCUUGUAAUAAUUAUUACUUCUUCGGCAGCUACUAUCCAGGUAGGAAGGAACUAUUGGCAAAAAUUUGGACCCAACCUCGGCUGACAAUUGGGCCAAGUAUCGACGGAGUAUCAAUGUUGAGGAGUGAGCAAAGUAAGAUGGCAAUGAAGAAAUCCAAUGUGAAAAAGAAUCCAACAAGCCAGAGAAAAAUAUCUGCUUUAGAACGAGGAUUUAUGAUAGUUGCUGUUUGGGGAGUACUUUCACACUCUGUAUCGGCAAGAAGUUUUGGUAAUAAUCUUCUAAAGUCGAGUUCAUGCAAUAGCACAAAUACAGAUAAUAUUUGUACCACGCCAGCAUGUAUUCAUACUGCCUCAAGCAUCCUGAAAAAUAUGAACCCAACUGUCGACCCUUGUGAUAACUUUUACAAAUUUGCUUGUGGAGGUUAUAUCAAUACGGUAACUAUUCCUGAUGAAAAAGCUCAAGUUAGUGUAUUGAGUAAUUUUGAUGACGAGCUUCUAAACCAACUCAAAAGGAGUAUAGAUGGUCCACGUUUAGCAGAAUCAAUUCGUCCAUUCAGACUUACCAUCUAUAACAGCUGCAUGAAUAGAAGUGAGUAUUUAAAAAAUUUCGAUCAAUGAGUUAU